UGUGCAUGCGCAGUUGGCGGACAUUUCCGCAAACAACGCUGGCAGCCACCUCGGGUCUCUCGCGACAGCAUGAAGGCAGGUGAGGACGCCAGAGGAGCGCGCAGCGAGAAGCCGAAGAAGCUAGGUCUCUGCGUCCUCUGUGGACUGCCCGCAGCAGGAAAGUCGACCUUCGCGCGUGCCCUCAGCCACAGUCUACGGCAGGAGAGGAGCUGGGCCGUGGGCGUCGUCGCCUAUGAUGACGUCAUGCCAGACGCGUUCCUAGAGGAGCCAUCCCAGUGGAAAUCGCUUCGCCAGGAACUGUUGAAGUACCUUGAAUACUUCUUUCUGGCUGUCAUUAACGGGUGUCAGAUGUCUGCCCCACCCAGCAGGACUGAAGCCAUGUGGGAGGAUUUUCUAACCUGCUUGAAGGAUCAAGAUCUGAUAUCUUCUUCAGCACUUGAGGCCCAGUCUCACUAUCUCUUAACGAAGACUGCUGUUUCCAGACCUCUGCUUUUGAUUUUAGAUGACAACUUUUAUUAUCAAAGUAUGAGAUAUCAAGUCUAUCAGCUGGCUCGGAAAUAUUCAUUAGGCUUUUGCCAGCUCUUUUUAGAGUGUUCUCUCGAGACCUGUCUACAGAGGAAUGGCCAGAGACCACUUCCAGUGCCUGCCGAGACCAUCCACCUGAUGGGAAGCAAGAUAGAAAAGCCCAACCCUGAGAAAAAUGCUUGGGAACACAACAGCCUCACGAUUCAGAGCCCAGCAUGUGCUUCAGAGGCCAGACUGAAAUUGACUGAUUUACUGCUUACGGCUUUGGAAAAUCCAAUAAAAUACGUGGAGGAGAAUGUGGAACAAAAGGAAACAGACAGAAUUAUUUGUUCAACUAACAUUCUUCAUCAAGCUGAUCAGACCCUCCGAAGAAUUGUCUCUCAGACAAUGAAGGAAGCGAAAGGUGAACAGGUAUUUCCGUACAACUUGAAACUUCUAGCCGAAGAACUUAACAAGCUCAAAGCAGAGUUUUUGGAAGACCUAAGACAAGGAAACAAAAAAUACCUGUGCUUUCAACAAACCAUGGACUUAUCAGAUGUUAUUUCUUUUUUUCAUUAUGAGAAAGAUAACAUUGUACGGAAGUAUUUUUCAAAGCAGCAUUAAAACUUGAUUUCCAAUCAAACCCAUUUUGGUUACGAUUCUGCAAACUAAUUUAAACAAUUCUGUAUUACUGGAUGUUUUCUAGGCCAAUGAUGUGAAUUGCCAAAGGGGGGAAAAAAAAAUCAGUCCAUUCUAAAAGAUCCAUUUGUCAUAACAGAAACUACCUCAGUCAGUCACUUGUCAGAUGUGACAUGGAUAAUUAAGCAUCAGAGGAAACCUUCCUCAUUUAUGUGCCAGAACAGUUGGGGGGGGCAGGGGUCACACCUUAAAUAAAGAGAAGAAAUUAGGAAGGAGACAAGAUGCUCAUUAUGGAACUGUUUUUGCUUUUAACUCAUGCAACAUCUCAUGGGUAAGGCACUCUACAAAUCCAAACCAAGGUAGCCAUAAAAUCUUCAAAAAAAAAAACAAAAUUAACAUUUUACA